ACCGUGAACGGUCUCAGCCGUCAAGUAAUUGACAUAGCAAAGAAAAUAAAAUAAAAUAAUUUUGCGAUAACAUUAUGAUUUUAUAGGUAAAAAUACUUCGAAUAGAAUAUGGAAUAUAACGAAUAUCCCAAAAUUUCCUCAUUGGUCCCUUUAAAGAAACGAGGCAAUAUAAUUUGAUUUUGUUUUCAUCUGUGGUAAUAAAUAUUCAAUAAUAAGUAUUCAGGUGAAUUGCUGAUACUGAUAGCAGCAGAUGUUAACUAGUGCUUCUGUCAACAAUGUUUCUCGUAACAAAGUUACCCAAAACAUUGUUAAACUAUAUCUUAGCACGCUCAUACUGUGUUCCAGUAGUUAGCAUUUUCGACAGGAAUGUUAAACGACUACAGAGAGAACGGGCCGCCAAAAGAGAGGAUGUUGAGCUGUACGAUUACAUUAAGGAUGAAAUUGGCUUUCGAUUGUCGGAUCGAAUUUUCGACGUGCAGCGACAGUUUAGGAAUGCUGUAGAUUUGGGUGCAGGUCGCGGAUAUGUCACAAAUCACGUGCUUGGGGAAUCCGUUGAAAAACUAACUGUGGUGGACAUGAGCCCAACAAUGCUGUCACAGAUAAAAGGAACACCGGGGCUUAAUUUUAGUGUGCGCGUUUUGGAUGAGGAAAAGUUUGACUUUGAAAAAGAAAGUCUCGAUUUGGUAGUUUCCAGCUUGAGUCUGCACUGGAUUAAUGAUCUGCCGGCGUGUUUCCGUGCUAUAAAUGAAGCGCUGGUCCCGGAUGGAGUAUUCAUGGGAACCAUGUUUGGUGGAGAGACGCUAUAUGAACUGAGGUCUUCGCUGCAAUUAGCUGAACAAGAACGAAGAGGAGGCCUCUCUCCGCAUAUAUCACCAUUUACACAAAUAAGAGACGUCGGUAUGUUAUUAAAUCGUUCGAAUUUCACUAUGCUGACCAUCGAUACCGAUGAAAUUGUCGUUGGUUACCCGACAAUGUUUGAGCUGAUGGGUGACCUGAAGGGAAUGGCUGAAAAUAAUGCUGCAUUUAGCCGGCCAUUGCAUCUAAGCCGAGACGUUAUGCUAGCAGCGGCUGCUAUAUACCAGGAUAUGUAUGGGAAAGAAGACGGAAUUGCAGCUACCUUUCAGGUGAUUUAUUUUGUCGGUUGGAAACCAUGUCCCACGCAGCCUAAACCACUGGAACGAGGAUCGGCAGAUAUUUCGUUAAAGGAUUUGGCCAAAAUAGUUGGACCGAAAAAAAGCAAGUAGUGACGAGUGUUCGUGAAUAUUUAUUAUUUUAUUGAUAAUAGAAUUAAAGAAAGGAACAAAUA